UCAGCUUCUUCUUUCAUUCCAGACCCUUGAUCAGAGAGUAUUUAAAUGUCCGUCGAGUCUCUCGUCUGCUGGUGGUCUUUUGAUCAUUGCAUUCACUGUCACCGAUCCCAUAACUAGUUCCAAAACCGCCUUAUCGAGAUUAUCAGCACAGCCCCGCCAUCUGAUUUGAACUGCGGCCCGCCAAAGUCAGCCGCUGUCGUCACCCACGGUUCAAUCAAAUCAUUCUUCCAUCUCAUCCUUCAAUACUAUUCUGUGCUCCAUCACAACAAACAAUCAGUCACCCACAUCAUCUGUUUCCCGUUCCCUCGAGUCAUUUUUUUCGACCGACUCUUCCGGUAUUGCACAUGUCUCGCUACGGCGAUUAUCGUCGCUCCACGGGGGCUCUGGACGAUGACCGCUACCCACACGAGCGGCGGGAGCGUCACCACCGUCACCGUUCGCGCGCUCCCUCGGUGCUUGAUCGCCCUCGUCGCUUCGAGGAGGAUGAACGUUUCGAAUACCGUUUGCAAGAACAAGAUCGCUAUGGUCCUCCUGCCCGUCGUGCCGAUGUUGUCUAUCAGGACGAUCAUCUGGUCUAUUCAUCUGGUCCCCUGGUUGCCUACGAUCGCCGUCGCGCGGAGAGCCCUCUGCCCCGCCCCCGACUGCUUCGGCGACAAUCCUCCCUCGACACCUUCGAUCGGAUUCCCUCGCGCAAACUUGACGAGUACUACUAUAGUGACUACCAUUCGAAGUCAUCUCCUAGCCCGCCGCCCCGUCGUGGCUCUUACCAUCGGACCCGCGAACCCGACUACUAUGAAGAAAUUAGCAUUGCGGAGGGGGAUUAUGGCGAGGAAGAGUAUCGAGGCUUUCGCGAACGGAGCGUGGGACUUCCCCGUCGCUCAGCAAGCCGUUUUCGCGAGAGAGUAGUGGAGGAAGUGGAUGUGGAAAAGCCAUACCCUCGGAAAGGCAAGACUCGCAUGCCCCGCAAAAUGGUUCAUACCACUGCGAUUCGCGAGCUCGGCUACCCAUACGAGGAAGAGGGUAAAAUGGUUGUCAUUCAGCUGGCGCUUUCGAAAGAGCAGAUCGAUGAGGUCAUUGGGAGAAGUCGCGAAAUCAAGCGCCUGACCGAGACCCGCGUUAUACAUGCCAGCUCGCCAUCCCCAGUUCGUGCCCGACGUCGAGACAGAACUGUAGAGCGAGUUCCAAUGGAGGCCUACACCCCUAGAACCAGCCAUGACACUCUCAUUAUCGAGCCGUCUCCAUCGCGGCACCGCUCCCAUUCGCGCCAAUAUCACUACCACCACCCUCGUGGUGAACUCCUGGAAAAGAAAGUGACCAGGACUGUAUCUCGCACCCGAGACAUCUCAGUGCAUGGCCGACCCCGUCGUCGAUCGUCGCCAGUACGCAGAUUUGAGCGGUAUGAGGAAGAGCCUAGCAGGACUCACGCUGGCCCACUAGCUAUCGUGGUCCGUCCCCGCGACAGUGACGAAGAUCUACGAGAAUAUGCGCAAAUUGAGCGACGUGGCAGCGGAGAGUAUGUGCGAGACACGGAGAUCGUGGGGGAUGGCGUUGUGGAAGACAUCCAUGAAGUGAAGAGGGAGCGCAGAGGUCCCAGCUCUCCCUGGCUGAUGUUUUCUCUGUAUUAUAACCCUCUGCAUCGCACUUACUCGAGAAUUAUCAGAGGAACCGAGUUGACUUUCACCAUGGACAAGUUUUCAGCGUUCGGCAAGAACCUCAGCGCGAGCUUCUCUCCCUUUGCUCAGCGUACGCAGCAGAUGAUCCGCGAGCAACUCGGCCAGGCAGAGGAUCGAACUCAGCUUCCCGAUGAGUACAUCGAAUUGGAGAAGCGCGUGGAUGCGCUGAAGAUUGUCCACCAGAAGCUACUUCAGGUGACUUCUCAAUACUCGAACGAAGCUUACGACUACCCUCCCAAUAUCCGCGAAUCCUUCAACGACCUCGGUCGCACAAUCAACGAGAAGGUCCAACUUCUCUCUCAAGCCUCGUCGCCCGCAGAGGCUCAGGCGGCCUUGGUUGCCCCUCCCUCGGCUAAGCCGCAGCCCAAGACAUUCAACCACGCCAUCGCUCGCGCCUCGCUGGCCGGAUCCCAGACUCUGUCGCAAUCUUCUCACGGCGAGGACCCCUUGGCUAUCGCUUUGGAAAAGUAUGCACUGGCUGAGGAGAAGGUGGGCGAGGCCCGGCUGGCCCAGGACGCCCAGAUUCAAUCGCGCUUCCUGGCUGGCUGGAAUACCACACUCAACACCAACUUGAUGUUCGCGGCCAAGGCGCGCAAGAACGUGGAGAAUGCCCGUCUUAUGCUGGACUCAAUCAAGGCCGCCAAGAAGGCUCAGGUUAAGGGCGACUGGGACAGCCUGAGCGAGGAGGCUCGCGCCGAGAUUGAGCAGGCGGAGGAUGAGUUCGUCGGACAGACCGAGGAGGCUGUAAGCGUCAUGAAAAAUGUUCUCGACACCCCCGAGCCUCUCCGAAACUUGGCCGAUUUGAUAGCAGCGCAGCUCGAGUUCCACAAGCGGGCUUAUGAGAUACUCAGCGAGUUGGCUCCUGUUGUAGAUGGCCUGCAGGUCGAGCAAGAGGCCAGCUACCGUAAGAGCCGUGAGGGGGCUUGA